AUGGCCUCUGCACCGGCCGCCAUCGUCGCCGCGUUCUCCGCCGGCCUCGCUGCCGCCUGGGCUGCUGCCGCUCAGGCCACCCCAGCCUCCCCAUUUUUGGCAUCGAGGCCGCUGACCUCCCUGGCCGGAGCCUCCAUGGCUGCCGCCGCCCAAGCUGUUGGCACUCCGCCGCCCCCGACCUCCGACGACGCCGGCGCCCUGCUUCCUCCAGGCCUCUCUGACGCCGCCCUGCCGGCGCCCUACGGCGCCGCCCCGCCCGCCGGCGCCUAUGGCGCUCCGCCCACGCUGAGCGGCAGCUACGGCUUCCCCAUGAUGUCUCCGUCCCCCUCGUUGGCCCUGCCGCCGGCGCGCUGGGACCCGGUGCUCCUCACCGGCAUGCAUGCCACCCCUACGCCGAACAACUACACGGGAGGUGGUGAUUGUUGA